UGCUGCUGCCAUCUAGCGAACGUUGGAAAGACAAAUUAGCUUCUGUUGAAACGGGGAGCUGCUGACCAAAUCGACAGUAUCUAUCCUAUGGAGAGUUAAAAUUUAGCGAAAAUUAGCUGAUUAUGUCAGAAAAAACAGAUAUCAAGCCUCCUAAAGGCAAACGUCAAAAAGGUAACAGAGGGGAGGAGGAUAACGUGGAAACAGAUACACAGGCAUCGUCAACCGAAUCCAAAACAACAACGUUAGGUCAGCACGAAAGAGGUUUGUUUUGGAAAACGCCGCUUGAUUUGGAAGUGAACAAAGCUAAAUGGUGGAUGGUUUUCGGCUCAUUAGUAGUUGCAGCAUUUGUCACUAGACUGCAUAAAAUUGAGCUUCCAAGACAUAUAUGUUGGGAUGAAACUCAUUUUGGAAAAAUGGGCAGCUACUAUAUCAAUAGGACUUUUUUCUUUGAUGUCCAUCCACCAUUAGGAAAGAUGCUGAUUGGGUUGUCUGGCAAGCUUACUGGUUAUAAUGGUGAAUUUAGCUUUGAAAAACCAGGAAUGACAUAUCCUCCAGACAUCAACUAUGUUGGCAUGAGAAUUUUCUGUGCCUUAUUGGGUGUUAGUCUAAUCCCACUCGGUUUUGGUAUUGUCUGGGAACUCACCCAUUCUAUAAUAGCAUCCAUUAUUGCAGGUUUAUUCAUACUCUUUGACACUGGGACCCUGAUAUUGUCAAGAUACAUCCUGCUGGACCCGAUCAUGAUGUUCUUUAUUUUAGCAUCAACAUACUGCUAUGUAAAAUUCUACUCGUAUAAUGCCAGUUCAUUUUCUCCACAAUGGUGGCUAUGGCUAACUUUGACAGGAACAAGUCUAGCUUGUGCAAUUAGUGUCAAGUUUGUAGGGUUAUUUGUCAUCCUCUUGGUUGGGUUUAGUACCAUUAAAGAACUGUGGGACUUACUAGGGAACAAAGAGAAUAGUAUUGUGUUGUUGGUGAAGCACUUCCUUGCCAGAGCUGUGUGCCUUAUCAUUCUCCCCAUUAUUUUGUAUAUCAUCCUAUUUGGAAUACAUCUGAAAAUUUUGAAUGAAACUGGUACUGGUGAUGGCUUCUACAGCUCUGCUUUUCAGUCAACACUCAAGGGCAAUAAACUCCAUGGUGCAAGUAUGCCAGAAGAUGUUGCCUAUGGCUCUACAAUAACAGUAAAGAACUCUCAAACAGGUGGAGCUUACCUUCAUUCUCAUUUUCAUCUAUAUCCUGAGGGAAUCGGGGCGAAACAACAGCAGGUCACAGCCUACAGUCACAAGGAUGACAAUAACCUGUGGAUUGUUAUGAAAGAGAAUGUGAAUUCCAAAAUAGAAGACCCAGUGGAGUAUGUCAGACAUGGGGAUGUAGUGAGAUUGAUGCAUGUGGCAACCACCAGAAACCUACACAGCCACAAGGAGAAGGCACCUUUGACACAGAGACACCAUCAAGUCACAUGUUAUGGAAUGAAUGGCACUGGAGACUACCAUGAUAAUUUCCAAGUAGAAAUAGUUGGUGGAGUCCCAGGGGAGGUGGUGAAAGCUGUGAAGAAAAAAUUUACUCUAAGACACCUUGGGCAGAAUUGUGCUGUUACUCAGACAGAGAGGAAACUCCCUAAGUGGGGCUGGGAUCAAAUGGAAGUGACUUGCAAUCCACAUGCAAUUGAUGUAAAGUCCUACUGGAAUGUGGAAGAGGUCAGAGAUUCCAGAUUGCCCAGUGUGUCAUUUGCUAAUCAUGCUCCUAACUUCAUUCAGAAGUUUAUAGAGUCACACAUUGUGAUGGGGAAGGGAAAUAGAGGUUUAAAACCUAAGGAAGAUGAGGCAACUUCUCAGCCUUGGCAGUGGCCUUUAGAUUGGAGUGGGCAGAGCUUUUCGGGGGGCAAAUUCAGGGUUUUACUGCUAGGAAACCCCAUACUUUUCUGGGGUAACUUAAUCCUCAUGGCUGUAUUCAUCAUGCUGUUUAUAUAUGAUGGAGUGAAGAGCAAACGUGGAACAACACAACCUCAGGAAAUCAGAGAUUAUAGAAGCUCGCGCUUCAGUGCCUGUAUGUGGCUGAUAGGAGGGUGGGGCUUACACUACAUACCUUUCUGGACCAUGGGCAGAGUGCUUUACUUCCAUCAUUACUUCCCAGCAUAUCUGUUUAAUGCUAUGUUCUCAGCUGUUGUAAUAGAGUAUGGACUAACUUGUAUUAGGCUUUGUUUCUCUAAACACAUUGCCAUGAAUGUAUACCACACAGCUCUUGGUGUUAUCCUAGCAGGCAUCUUUUACAGCUUUUAUCUUUUCUCUCCUCUGGCAUAUGGUACAUCAGGUCCAACAGCUCUUGAUGUGAAUGCCACAAUGUAUGGCCUGAAAUGGUUGGACACGUGGGACUUUUAGUAUGUCUGCCAUAUUUUAAUAAGGAUCAGUUUUAUGUUAACAAAACAGACUGCAUAUUUUUUAUUAUACAGUGUAUAUGCAAGAGCAUCUUUUCAAAAAGAUAUUUUAACACUACCUUGCAUGACAAGGUAUGAGCAUGAAAAACACAACAUAGAUCUGAUAUCAAAUGUGUGUUCAUAAUAAGUGAAUUCUGUUGGGGUAUUUCUUUAGGUGAAAAUCUCCGCAACAUUCCAUUGUAAUUUUACUUCAAAGUAAUACUUAUAUUGUUGAUCUAUCCUUGACAUCUGUGAUUUUGCAAUUUUUGUGUUGUAUUUAACAAAGUGGCUGCUGUUGGUAGUUUUUUAACUUUAAAUAGAUCUUUUUUUUACUCAUUUGUAAACCAAAUUAUGCAAGAUGUAAAAUGUAUUUAAACUUUUUAGAAAAUAUCUCUUCAAAAUGUCAACCUUUACAAACACAGCGGUAUUGUAUAAUUUUGAUAAUGUAGAAAUGUCACCAUAUUAUUUUUGUUUAUGUGAUAGUUUAGAUAGGUGUUUUUUUGUAGCAGCUGUGUGAGAAAUUAGGUCUAAAGGUUGUAGAAUUAAUCUCUUCUUCAUUUUCUAACAUUUGCAAAACAAACGCCAAUUAUUAUUCCAUGUUCUAGUAGAUAUUUUUCUUGUUCUUCAUUUGUGUAAAAAGAUCAUGGACAAAUUUGAUAUAUUAUGUGCCCUUUCAUCAAUAAAUGACUCCUUCAAACUUAGGCUUCGGUCUUGAGCACCGCUGCUUCAGUGGCAGAGAAUGUGAAAUGAUAUAUCAGUCACUUAUAUAUUUUAAGAAAAUAAAGGUUGCAUAGGUGGAGAC